AAAAUCAUAAGGGGAUUCCCCUACAGUGUACCCAAUCAGUUUAAAAAAAACAUCUGCCACGCAAGCAGUUUAAGAUCCCUAUCGAAGGGUGCAAAAAAGAAAAACACGUUUUAAAGGGGACGUGCAUAAAGAUACAUAGUUAGUUGAUAAAUGGAUCAACAGGAAAAUAAUGGAUUUGGACCGAUUUUCAAGCCCCGCGGCAAGGCUGUCACUUUCGCUUCAGUAGUGAUAGCCACCAUAUCUGGGGCCCUGCUUGUGUUUGCCUUAUGGGAGAACGAAGACAAGGAAGGAAUUAGCUUUGUGUUCUUUGCAACAGCCCUUCUUAUGCUAAGCGUAAUUGCAGGCGAACUAAUCAGAAGGGUAUCGAUGCUAGCCGAAGAAAUUCGACACAAGCAGACGAGAUAUCGAGGGGAAUGGAGGCGAGUUUUAAAAUCUACUUUCGCGUUUGAAUAUAGUUCUUGUAUUCUAGUUGUCGGUACCACUUCCACUCUGUUUGUGUGUUAUGCCAUGUUGCAAAACUAUGAAUCGUUUCUCCGCCUGGAUUAUGCCAUCUUUUUCAUACUGAAUUGUUUUGUGGUACCACAACUGGUUUUCCUCGUUGGUCUCAGAGAGCCGAACACGGUGGAAGCAACAAUGUUGAACGAAAGAGAUAACAAGAAUGUUGCUGACGGCUUUGCUUGGAAUUACUACUUCGGCUACCUGAAGUUGGUUCUUCCCAGGCUUGAAGCUCAGAUUGCAAAAUCGUCCGAGUUUCGUUACAAGAUAACAAAGAAGAAACUUUACAUCUUGGUGCCGAAGACAUGUUAUGUGUAUGAUAAUAUUGCCGACGCAGAUCCCAGGGUUACUUGGGCCGGAGAUCUUACACCGUGUAAAAUCAACAGGGGAGGAAUAAGGGAAAGAAUUUACAAACAAGCAGUUUACCGAGUAGAGAUGUCCGAUAAACCAGGAAUGACACGUGAAUACUUCUUCAUUUUGGAGUACGCUUCCAAUCUUAUGUCUUUGUACGACAUGUCUCUCCACGAAGACGCUCCCUUCAGUCGUCAAGAGCGGGAUGAUCAGGUAAUCAUAGUACUUCCUCAGUUAAAGAGCUUCGCGAAAUCCGCGAACUUCUUCUGAUGACGUAGAUACCCUAGGUUUUGCUGAGCCAUCUUUUUGUCUCUUAAAAGACAUAGCUUAUAUGUUUAUUAAUCUUAAGGUAAAGGGUUGGCUGGGAAUCUCGUGGCUUCUCUAACUCUGCCAUUUUGUAUUUACAACAAGACAGCGCCAUUCCCCAACCCCCAGACCCUUUGGAAGAAAUGUUUUAUUUUCCUCAGGCUUUGGGUACAAGUGCAAUGUUCCUGAAUAUGUCAAACAUCAGGCUAUUAUAUUCAGUUGUUGGAAUAUAGCAAACUUAUUUAA